AUGCCUGCUGGUGUUUCCUGGGGUCAAUAUAUGAAAUUCCUUUCCGCGGCGAUGUUAUCUAUGAUGGCUGGCUCGCAACUGGUUCAUAUGUACUACAAACCAUUAGAUGAUUUAAAUACAUACAUAGAACGAGAAAUGGAUGCUACAAAUGUACAAAAGUUAGAUAUUAAGUCAACUCCGCCGGAAAAACCAAAUCAAACAGAUGGUGGAAAAAACUCGUAGUGUAUGUUAUAGUGAAGAAAUUGCAAUAAAAUAAAGUUUGAGCAUUUCUCUUUCUGAAA